GUGACGGCGCUGGUGUUCAUGAGCACGACAGGAGCGAGACAACCGGCAGAGACCGGGGCAAGAGGAGCCGGUGGACGGCGACGAAACACAACCCGCGGAAUGAAACAAGUUGCUGUGCGCUUCUUCGUAGUUCAUCCAUCUCUCACCAAGCGUUGGUGAUUCUGAGCAUCUUUACAGCAAAAGCCUGGCAUACAAAAGCUGAAGAGCCUGCCCAUUUCCCGGGAGGGAGACUGUUGUGACUGCCCGCUGAAGACGGCCUGUUAGCACAGCGUGUGAGCAGCUCUCCCUAUGUGUGUGACAAUGGGGGACAUCAGUGACCUGGACCGACAGAUAGAGCAGCUCCGACGCUGCGAGCUCAUUAAGGAAAACGAAGUCAAAGCACUGUGUGCCAAAGCCAGAGAGAUUCUGGUUGAAGAAAGCAAUGUCCAGAGAGUAGACUCUCCUGUCACAGUAUGUGGGGAUAUACACGGUCAGUUCUAUGACUUGAAAGAGCUAUUUAGAGUUGGUGGAGAUGUCCCAGAAACAAAUUAUCUCUUCAUGGGUGACUUUGUGGACAGAGGCUUCUACAGUGUUGAGACUUUCCUUCUUCUGCUAGCGCUCAAGGUGCGUUAUCCAGAUAGGAUAACAUUGAUCCGGGGAAACCACGAGUCCCGGCAAAUCACCCAGGUCUACGGCUUCUACGAUGAGUGCCUCCGCAAGUACGGCUCAGUCACUGUCUGGAGAUACUGCACUGAGAUCUUUGACUACCUGUCCCUCUCUGCUAUCAUUGAUGGCAAGAUCUUCUGUGUGCACGGUGGCUUGUCUCCCUCCAUCCAGACUCUGGACCAGAUCCGGACCAUUGACAGAAAACAGGAGGUUCCCCAUGAUGGGCCCAUGUGUGACCUCCUGUGGUCAGACCCUGAAGACACCACAGGGUGGGGGGUGAGUCCCAGAGGUGCUGGAUACUUGUUUGGAAGUGAUGUGGUGGCCCAGUUCAAUGCCGCCAACGACAUCCACAUGAUCUGUCGAGCACAUCAGCUGGUCAUGGAGGGCUACAAAUGGCACUUCAACGAGACAGUGCUCACUGUGUGGUCAGCCCCCAACUACUGCUACAGAUGUGGCAACGUGGCAGCCAUAUUGGAGCUGGAUGAGCAUCUACAGCGGGAGUUCAUCAUAUUUGAGGCAGCGCCGCAAGAGACCAGGGGCAUUCCCUCCAAGAAGCCAGUAGCCGACUAUUUCCUGUGAGGUCCUCGAGCAGACAGCCAUGAUGUGUUGAAACCUCCGGUACCAUUUCACACCCGCUGCGCUCCAUCCUGCUGCUGGACAGUUCUGUCAGUCUGAACUCUCAGCAGUUCGACAGAAACCCUGCCACACCCUCUGGAGCUCCAAACAGCUUCAGCUUGAAGAGCUGGAUUUUUGCCAUACUGCCCGCGCCUGACAGAACAGUCACUGGGAAAGGUGUAUGGGGGAGGGUGAUGCUGGGCCCAUGACUGUUGUCACUUCUCUUCAGAUAUAAACUGGUCAUUUUCUUCUCGGCCUCCUUCCAUUUCCAACUUCUGUCCUCUCUCUCUCUGUAGAUACAGCACUCUCCCUCCAAGCACAUGUUUAGUAUUUUUUUCAUGACGAACAUUGUCAUUUAGUUUUAGAAGUAUUUGGAAGGAGUUAGAUUUUCUUUUUUUGCUAACAUAUGCAGAUGUAGGAGGUUUUAUAAGAUUAUCGUUAAGUAAUUCCUUCAAUGCAUAUGUUCUCUGUUUUACAUUUUUGAAUAAUUGUUGCUGCCAGGAUUAAAUUCAAAAUGACCAAGCCCCUCCCAACCCGCUUUUUUUGGUAUGAUGUUUCUUUUAGCUGUCAUUUGUCACGUAAGUCAUUAUUUAACAUACCCAGUGCUGCUGCCCAGCACCAUCACAAAUAAAUACCAUUCAUGUAAUGACUCCCAGUCAAGAGUCACUAUAUUCACUGUUGUUUUCUCUCUUAAUUCCUAUGACUCUACAAAUCUCUGUAGGUUUGUCAAUUUUGAUAUUGUGAGAAUAAAGUUUUUGUAUUAAUGCUGA